AAAAAAUAAAGCCUAUGGCUAUUCUUCGCAAAUGAAUAAUACCGAGACAAGGUGGCCCCCGCGAUUUGGCCUUCCGCUGCGUAGUGUUUAGGGUUUCCUACUACAUCAGUCAUGUAUUAAUUCCAUGUGCUAGAGAGGAACGCGAAGAGGAAGAAGACACAGGAGAUGGGAGUAAUAAUGGUAGAAGCUGAAAAGCGGUUCUCCGCUCCUCUGCAUCGUCUUCCUUCUCUUCUCCUCUUCUUGAUGCUGCUAGUUUUCAACUGUUUUGAUGACCUCGGUUGUGGAGCUCAGAAGCUGGUUGAGGAAGAAGUCACCGCAUUACGGUUGGUUGGCAACAAGUUAGGGAAGAAGUGGGACUUCUCAGCGGACCCCUGUAGCAAAACUGCCGGGUGGCUGGUCCCUGCAAGCACCAAAGCGUUUGCCAGCAACGUCACCUGCAGCUGCAACACCACCACCAAAAUAUGCCACGUGGUUAGCAUUCUACUCAAGGGUCAAAACUUGACCGGAGUUCUGCCGGAGGAGUUUGCUAAUCUUACCUUCUUAAGAGAGCUAGAUCUUACACGAAACUAUCUUAAUGGUUCCAUUCCCCGUGCUUGGGCUUCGCUUCCCCUCACCAAAGUGUCUCUUCUGGGAAACCGAAUCUCUGGGAGGAUCCCUAGUGAACUUGGAGAAAUCAUCACUCUUGAGGAGCUGGUGUUGGAAGAUAACCAGCUGCAAGGCUCGAUUCCGGUGGCCCUUGGUAACCUGGUCAACUUAAAACAACUCACACUUUCAUCAAAUAACUUGACCGGAGAAUUGCCGGACUCGCUUGGCAAUCUAACGAACUUGACAGACUUGUACGUCACAAAUCUCUUCCUUUGGAUGGUUGCUGUAGUGGCUAUAAAUGCUGUUCAUUUGAAUAACUUCUAUAGUAGAAUUGAUGGCAAUCCAAUCUCCGGCAAAAUUCCUAGCUUCAUAGCGAACUGGAAGAAACUCCAACAAUUAGACAUGCAAGGAACGUUGAUGGAGGGACCAUUCCCUCCCACCUUCGCGACAUUGGAAUCUAUGACUGAGAUGAGAGUGUCUGAUUGGAAAGGAGGGGAUGGAAAGUUCCCUCCAUUGCAGAAUAUGAAAAGCAUGGAAGAAUUGGUGUUGAGGAACUUGUCAUUAUCUGGAGGAAUUCCUGAUUUUAUUGGGCAGCUGACGAAUCUUCAUGUGUUAGAUCUUAGCUUCAACAACCUGACAGGUGCAAUUCCAAGCAAUUUUGAGGACUUACAGGAAAUAAAAUUUAUAUACCUUACUAACAACAAGUUAAGUGGAACCAUACCUGAUUGGAUCUUGACUAGCCAAAAGCACCUGGAUCUUUCCUAUAACUCUUUUACAGGAACACCAGCACCAUCCGAUUGCACAGGGACUGUGAAUCUGGUUUCCAGUUAUUCAUCAACAGAUAACGAUUCAAUAAAGACAUGUUUAAGGAGGAAUCUCCCUUGUUCUGGAAAAGCCUCAAACUACAACUUAUUCAUAAAUUGUGGUGGUGAUAGUGUGGUCAUUGAUGGCAAUGAAUAUGAAGCUGAUAAAUCAACACAAGGUAUAUCAGCAUAUGUUCCAUCUGAUAAUGGAAAAUGGGCUUACAGCAGUACAGGAGACUUCGUGGAAAAUGAGGAUGAAAGCUACAUUGCCACUAAUGCAUCAGUGCUGAACAUGAUUAAACCAGAACUGUACACGACUGCUCGAAUGAAUCCUCUCUCCCUCAAAUACUAUGGUCUUUGCUUACAGAAGGGAAAUUAUACAGUUAAUCUUCACUUUGCUGAAAUUAUGUUCACUGAUGACCAAACAUACUUCAGUGUUGGGAGGCGUUUAUUUGACGUAUCGAUACAGGGCAAGAAGGUUUUGCAUGACUUCAAUAUUGCAAAAGAAGCGAAUGGGACUGGUAGGGAAAUUAUUAAGUCCUUUACUACUGUUGUAGAUGGCACUCUGGAAAUUCAUUUUCAAUGGGUUGGAAAAGGGACAACCGUUAUUCCUAAACAAGGUGUAUAUGGACCUCUUAUAUGUGCAAUUUCAGUUACACCAAACUUCAAGCCUGAUACAGGAGAACUAUCUGUUGGAGCCAUAUUGGGCAUAGUUGCUGCUUCUUGCAUUGUCAUUUUGCUGAUCAUAAUCUUGUUAUGGCUUUGGUUUAGAAGAAAAAAUGCUGCAAACAAUGAACUUCGGGAACUAGAGUUGCAGACCAGUUGCUUCAGUUUAAAACAAAUCAAAGCUGCGACUAAUAACUUUGAUCCUGCAAAUAAGAUUGGUGAAGGUGGCUUUGGACCAGUUUACAAGGGUGUGAUGCCGGAUGGUUCUCUGAUAGCAGUCAAACAACUUUCUUCGAAGUCUAAACAAGGGAACCGUGAGUUUGUUAAUGAGAUAGGCACGGUAUCAGCCUUGCAGCACCCAAAUCUUGUGAAGUUUCAUGGAUGUAGCAUUGAAGGAAAUCAAUUACUGUUGAUAUAUGAAUAUAUGGAAAAUAAUAGUCUAGCCAGUGUUCUAUUUGGUCCAGAAGAAAAUAGACUUAAAUUGGACUGGCAAACAAGGCAUAAGAUUUGCUUGGGAGUAGCAAGAGGUUUGGCAUAUCUUCAUGAGGAGUCAAGGUUGAAGAUUGUUCAUCGAGACAUCAAGCCCACAAACAUUCUACUAGACAAAGAUCUCAAUGCAAAAAUUUCUGACUUUGGUUUGGCAAAACUUGAUGAAGAAGAAAAGACACACAUCAGCACCCGAAUAGCAGGAACUCUAGGAUAUAUGGCUCCAGAAUAUGCCAUGAGAGGUUAUUUGACAGACAAAGCAGAUGUUUAUAGCUUCGGAAUUGUCACAUUGGAGAUUGUUAGUGGAAUAUGCAACACACGUAGACCAAAGGAGGACUUUGUUUAUCUUCUGGAUCGGGCCUGUGUUUUACAAGAGCAGGGAAAUCUGCUUGAACUUGUUGACCCGAGUCUUGGUUCGAACUACUCAAAAGAAGAGGCACUACAGAUGUUGAACUUGGCUCUUUUAUGUGCCAACCCAUCUCCGACUCUUAGGCCAACAAUGUCCACUGUUGUGAGCAUGCUAGAUGGGAAAACACCGGUGUCCAUCCCAUCUAUGAAGCACAUAAACCCCAAGAGUGAGGAAUUGAGAUCCGAGUCCUCGGAAAAAAUCUUCCAUGAGAUCCAAUUGCAGAGCAUUUCGAUGGAUGAGCUAUCAGUCGAUACCUCAGUGUCUGUCCACAGUAUAGAAGAAUGUCCUCAUCAUUCCCUAGUAAGCAAGCAUCAUUCAGAUUACACCCAAUAGAUUGCAGUGGAGCGCUUGAGGAAAGAGGAACUCUCUCCGUCACUUAAUGUGAACGUUCUCGUGCAUAUUGCAAGCAGCCACCUCCAUAUGAAUACAUAGAUAUGGAGACAAUUACUUGGACUCUUUUGCUCCUCUUGGUCGUUAAUUCUGUGAAUAGAUCACCUAGCUCGGGGGAUAGCAGUACUCAUCUCUUUUUGUUGUAAUCUAUUCUAUCAGAAGUAGACUACAAUGUCUAUUAUAGGCAUCAUGUGUAUUAUGCCGAAAAAGCUUAUAUGUCCUCAAGCAUGUGUCUGCCGGGUUGGUUUUACAAAUAAUUGUAUUGUUUUAAGGAGAAAAUAAGGAGUAUGCCUUGUAUUGUCUGCAAUCGCUCAGGAAUUUGAUAGGAAACAGCUUAUACUUGCAAGAAGAAAAUGGAAAGGCUUCAAUAUUUGCACUGUACUUAAACUGAAUCAAGUAGUUUCUAUUGUGUGUACAAUCAA